AGGACUGGAAACUGAACCUGUUGGCACAACUUCAUGCAUGAUUUUUUUUUUUUUAAAGCGGAUUCGUCACUUGGAGAUCUUGGGCUGAACCGGCUGCGCACUGAAUAUGCUUCGUCACUUCUGGCGUCCACUAUUUUAUUUCCACAGACUGCGUUUUUAAGCUACAAUUUUAAACGUGUGCAAAUGUGAAUGUUUAACAUUUUUUCCUUGCUUUUGUGAUAGCAUUAUUUUUAUUGCUUCCUCGCCACCUCCACUUUCUCCUGAGGGGCCUUAUUCAUUAGUAAGCACAAUCUGCUUCAUCAAGUUACACGCGCAGAGCUACGUGACUCCACUCAUUCUCGGCACUACUAAACCGGGACCAGAUGACUUGGAAAUUCCCUGGCAGCAAGUUUUUUUCUGUUUGUUUCUGUUUCUGAGUAUUUUGGGACUUUUGUUGGAUUUUUUGUGGGAUUUUUUUGUUUUGCCGUCUGCCAUCGGGAGCCAUAACCACUCUCCGCGCACGGACGUCACGAAAUGAAACUCGGUUUUGUCAUCGAGGCUGUGGUGGCGCUUUAUCUGCUGUUCUCACCUGCACAGAAUCUACCCUUGGCAAGUAUAAAUGGUACAAUGGAAGUGCUUAUGUUUGAAGAAGUUUGGGGUCGCAGCUUUUGUCGUACCAUUGAGAAGCUGGUGGAGGUGGUGCAGGAAUACCCAUCGGAGGUGGAGCACAUCUACAGCCCCUCGUGCGUUCCCCUGGUAAGGUGCGCUGGUUGUUGUGGAGACGAGAACCUGGAGUGCCAUCCUACUCAAACCACAAAUGUUACCAUGCAGCUGUUGAAAAUCAGGCCAUCAGAACAAGGUCAAGAAUAUGUUGAGAUGACGUUUGUGGAGCAUCAAACAUGUGAAUGUAGAAUCAGGAAACCUGAUGUGAAGGUUCCAAGGAAAAGGCGAAGAGGAAAAGGAAAAGGAAGGAAGAGGAAGGAGAGACAAAAAGCAAAAGAAUGUGGCAGGUGCCAGAUUCCUCGCAGGUAACUGCAGUGGCGACCCAACCCCCUGUUGCAUUGUGGCUCACUAUUGGUUUCCAGCCCAGUGGGAGCAUCAAGAGUCUCCUUCACUCAUCUAUCAAUACUGUGUUCACAGCCAGAGACUCAAACCACUGGGUUGAUUUGCUGACAUGCCCUUCUGUUGAUGGGCAGGGUAUUUUUUUGUAAUGACAAGGUUCAACCGGAAGUGUGUUUUGAUUGGUAGAAACACUGCUGUUACAAGCCUGAAACAAUGGACAUCCCCGGGAGCCAGUGCAAUGUAGAACCAGACUGAUUUCUUCGUUUUAUACUACAUAUUACUGUAUCAGUUAUUUUAAUUUGUCAAAUCCUUUGGUAUUUAAAGAAGGUUACACAUGUAAAAAAAUAAAUAAUUAAAUAAUAAAUAAAUCUAUAUUUAUUAAUAUAGUUGGACCAGAGAACACCUUGUGGACUUGAUGUGCAACUUCUUUGUACAUGCAAUAAGGAAAUGUCUCCCUCUAGUGUUUAUGGAAAGUGUUUCGAACCUCUAUAUUAAAGUAUUUUGCAAUCAGAUCAUCAUCAUAUUGAGAUCUGUUCUGAAAGCCAUCAUUGCAUAAUUGCUUGGUCGGUAUAAAGCAAACUCUUUAACAGCACCAUGUGACAAGUCACAUAGUGUUUGCUGUCAGUUCUAACCUAAAUGGGAAAUGGCAUUUGUCAGCAAUGUUUAUAAAGUGAAGAUAUGUCCACAAAAGGUUGUGCAUGAAUAACUGCGAUGCAUCAAAUAGUCAAAAAUCUUAAAACUUACCGUAUUUAAGGAAUCCAGAAGAUAAAUAUUCUCCUAACGAGGGAUCAAUCUGGAUAAUCAGGCCCACAAAAUGUGUGAAGGCUGCACAGUAACUGUGGCAAGAUAAACAGCAACUCGCAGAUUAAUAUUAAAAUAAUUAAUGCACUCAAGUUCAUUUAGUACACAUGUGGGUUUGAUGCCUAUUAAAGAAUAAAAAUCACAAACAUUUUGUCGUUUAAAAAUUUGCUCACAACAUUUUCAGAUAUGUGAGAUCACCCAUCAUACAUUUCAAACACAGGACAAAAUACCCACAUGUUGAACAUUUAGUGGCUCACCGCAGACAGGUGACAGUUCUAUGACAAAAUGUGAGCCUUCAGCAGAGUAUUUGAAGUAUACAGAUGCAAUUAAAUACUGCACAGAAGGGCAGUACACAGCAGAGGGUUGGACUCAGUUUUUUUGCAAAACAAAUUUUCUCAAGGACUAAUCACAAGGAUAUGACAUACAGCCUAGGUCCUGUGAUACAACACUUCAUACCAGUAGCACUGCCUGUCCUUUAUACAUUUCAUGCAUACAACUAUUUGCCACUAAGGUUCUUUUGAAUGCCAAAGCAUAUUUGGCACAGCAUAUAUCUUACUGUGAUGUAAGUAAGUAAACAAGCGAAAUGUGAAUUAAAAUAUAUUUAUUCCAGUGGGAUACAGCCAUACAUUCAUUUUCUUAUCUGCUUGUCCAAGUCACAGUUGUGGAGGAGGGUCAAGCCUGCCCGCAGCUGACACUAGGCAAGAAAUAGGGUACACUCUGGGCAGGUCGCCAGUCUAUCCAUGGGAUACAUACAAUAUUUUGAAAUUUGAAAACAAUGUUAUGAAAAGUUAAAAAUAAUAGUGCUGUUAAGAGUGUUGCAGUUCUGAAGAGGGAAAGCUCAAAACCAAUUUAUUUUUGCUUUUUUUUUUUUUUUUCAUUAAGACAUCGUGUAAGCCUUCAAAAAUUUAGUUUCAACCUUGCAAAAUCUUUUUUUAUUAGAUACCAAGCUGGAGCUGCCACAAAUCAAAUAAUUUGUGUAGUCUCAAAUGGUUAUCCCAUAUGCUGUGUGCAGUUAAACAGCACAACCUUGUGUCCCACUGGUGGCUCAACAAUUCUAUAAUCCCACAAUACAGGUGUCAUCCUGUCAGUUUCCAUAAACACUGCAACAUGGAAGGGAUCAUCUGACGUAGUUAUGUUGAAUGGCAUUUUUGUUUGUUUGUUUUCAUUUAUCACAUAAAGAAAAUCUAUGAAAAUGUAAAAAGAAACAUUUU